UGUGGCGCUGGGAGUGCUCUAGCGUAAAAGUUGUAACUUCGGCGUCACCUUUUCUCCGAGCUACCCGUCGCCUUGCUGGAACUCCUCGCCCGGUUUAUUACUCCCAAACUGUUGUUAGGUCCUGCCCACCGCCGAAGCUGCCGACUUGGGGUUCGUGGAAAAGGGCAGUUGAAGCCCUGCCUCGGGAAGUUCGCGGCAUCCAAUGAGAGAAGCGUUUCUGGCAAGAGCGGCGGCGGCGAUGGGAAUGGCCUCCUGAGGCGGGCAAAGGGGAAGGAAAAAAGCAGAGUAGGCGCGAGUGCGAGGAAGUGGGCGCGCGGCUAACUCGGCUGUGUCGCCGCGGCGACAGGGUUCAUAAUUGUCGUCGAUUGAGGUGUUGGUCUGAGUUCGUUGCAUUGUUGCUUGAUGACGAAAAAUGGGGGAGAUAGAAGGCACUUACAGAGUACUGCAGACUCCAGGAUCUCGUUUGGGAGCCCAGAAAAAUUCUGGAGUGAGCACCCUGGAACCUGGACAGAACCUCUCCUCUGCCAUAGCUGCAACAUCUUCUAAAACACAUGAGAGGUCUCUACAGAUCAAGAUAAAACUUCUGGACAACGCUGUGGAGAUACUUGAUAUUGAGUCAAAAUGUUAUGGCCAGAAACUGCUGACAGAGGUAUUUAAUCGGUUGAAUUUGGUUGAAUCGGACUACUUUGGAAUUGAGUUCCAGAACAUGCAGUCAUAUUGGAUUUGGCUUGAGCCUUUGAAACCUAUCAUUAAACAAAUACGAAGACCAAAGAAUGCAAUGCUUCGUCUAGCAGUAAAGUUCUUUCCGCCUGAUCCUGGUCAAUUGCAAGAGGAGUAUACCAGGUAUCUAUUUGCCUUGCAAAUCAAGAGAGAUCUGGCAGAGGAACGCCUUACCUGUAGUGACAACACAGCAGCACUCCUCAUCUCUCAUCUUCUGCAGUCGGAGAUAGGAGAUUUUGAUGAAUCUGGAGACCAAGAGCACCUUAAAAACAACCGGUACUUUCCAAACCAAGAAAGACUGCAAGAAAAAAUACUUGAAUUUCACAGAAAGCACAUGGAGCAAACUCCAGCUGAAUCAGAUUUCCAGGUGCUUGAAAUAGCUCGGAAAUUGGAGAUGUAUGGCAUGAGAUUUCACCUGGCAUCUGACCGCGAGGGGACAAAAAUUAAUCUGGCUGUUUCACACAUGGGCGUACUGGUAUUCCAGGGUAAUACAAAAAUCAAUACUUUCAACUGGUCCAAAGUCCGAAAAAUAAGCUUUAAGAGAAAACGAUUCCUUAUCAAGCUUCACCCAGAGGUUCAUGGACCGUAUCAGGAUACUCUGGAGUUUCUUUUGGGAAGUAGAGAUGAGUGCAAGAACUUCUGGAAAAUAUGUGUUGAAUAUCACACUUUUUUCAGGCUAUUUGAUCAGCCAAAACCAAAGUCAAAAGCAGUCUUCUUCAGCAGAGGGUCAUCUUUCAGAUAUAGUGGACGUACACAGAAACAAUUGGUGGAUUAUGUUAAAGAAAGUGGGUUGAAAAAAAUUCCAUAUGAAAGGAGGCAUAGUAAAACUAGAAUGUCUAUUCACACCUUGCAUGCUGAUGCACCCAAACAGAGUGUCUCAUUUACAGAAGGAUUAAGAACCCCUGGGCCUAAUGCAUGUACAUAUGCCUCCUUCCAUUCGGAUAAUGUGUUAUCCACAAACAUUGCCAGCUUGCCCACUUUCACAGACAGCAAUCCUUUCUUCUUGGAGCCCAGAAUAUCACAUACAAGGAACUUGACGGCAGAAGCAAAUAGUGGGACAUCAGAAGAAAUUGGGAAGAAAGUGGUACAGCCGCAUGGAUCACCAGUACUCCAGUCUUUCCAAGGUCCUCAACUGUCUUCCUUUCCAAUGAAGAGUCCAGUGACCCCGAACCCCCCAUUUCAUGUGAAUAUGAACACACCUGGCCAGGGCUCAUCCCCUCUUUUGAGUCCUGUCCUGAGUGACGUUGGUGCUGCCAGGAUAGAAGAAGAGGAUGACGCAAGACGUAAGAGAUACCCAGCAGACAAAGCAUAUUUCAUUGCAAAAGAAAUUCUUGCUACUGAACGAACAUAUUUAAAAGACCUAGAAGUCUUAACUGUAUGGUUUCGCAGUGCAGUUGUCAAGGAGAAUGCCAUGCCUGAAGGUCUCAUGACUUUGCUGUUCUCUAAUAUAGACCCUAUCUAUGAAUUUCACAGAGGUUUUCUGAAAGAGCUUGAGCAGCGGCUAGCACUCUGGGAGGGUCGUUCCAAUGCUCCCACAAAAGGAGAUUAUCAACGGAUUGGGGAUGUCAUGCUAAGAAAUAUGAAUACACUAAAGGAGUAUACCAGCUACCUUCAGCAACAUGAUGAAGUCCUGUCAGAACUAGAGAAAGCAACUAAGCGCAUUAAGAAACUGGAAAUUGUUUAUAAGGAGUUUGAACUCCAGAAGGUUUGUUACUUGCCUCUCAACACUUUUCUGCUCAAACCCAUCCAGAGGUUAAUUCACUACAAGCUGAUCCUGGGGAGACUUUGCAAACACUAUACGGCAGAUCAUCGGGACUACCUUGACUGCAGAAAUGCACUGAAGGAAAUCACAGAAAUGACAUCACAGCUUCAAAACAGCCUGAUCCGUUUGGAGAAUUUCCAGAAGCUAACAGAGUUACAGCAUGAUCUGCUUGGCAUUGAUAACCUUGUAGCAGCUGGCAGAGAAUUUAUCCGGGAAGGCUGCUUAUACAAGCUUACCAAAAAAGGUUUACAACAAAGAAUGUUCUUCCUGUUUUCAGAUAUGUUGCUCUACACAAGCAAAGGAGUCACGGGUACCAAUCAGUUCAAAAUUCACGGUCAUCUUUCUCUGCAAGGGAUGCUGGUGGAAGAGAGUGAAAAUGAAUGGUCUGUCCCUCAUUGCUUCACAAUUUAUUCAGCUCAAAAAACCAUAGUAGCAGCAGCAAGCACUCGUCUGGAAAUGGGGAAGUGGAUGGAAGAUCUAAACAUGGCAAUUGAAAUGGCUAAGAAAUGCACUGAGAAAUCAGACAUGUUUCUAGAAAAUUCUGUGUGCAAUCGUUCUAACAGAUCCUCAGAUGAGGUUUCUCUAGAGCAGGAGUCCGAAGAGGACAUACAUUCUUCUCGUAGCUCCCUGGACAGGCAAAGCCACCACCGUGCCAAUACUACCAUGCAUGUGUGCUGGUAUCGCAACACCAGUGUCUCCAUGACUGAUCACAGUGUGGCCGUCGAGAACCAGUUAUCAGGAUACCUACUGAGGAAAUUCAAAAACAGUAAUGGCUGGCAGAAGCUAUGGGUUGUUUUUACAAACUUCUGCCUGUUCUUCUACAAAACACACCAGGAUGAUUAUCCACUGGCCAGUUUACCACUUCUUGGUUACACAGUCAGCACACCGGUAGAGGCCGAUGGCAUUCAGAAGGAUUAUGUCUUCAAACUGCAGUUUAAGUCCCAUGUAUAUUUCUUCAGGGCUGAGAGCAAGUACACCUUUGAGAGGUGGAUGGAAGUGAUAAGGAGAGCCACAAGUUCUCCUGGGAGAUCCAGCCUCUGCAUUCCUAAGGAUGAAAAGGAAAAGAUCACAAACUGAUAGAAGCAGAGCUGGGUCUCUGUUGUAAGUUAAUUAUUUGCAGUAAUGGGAAAAGGGCCCCAAGCAUGAUAGUAGUAAAAAGAGAACCCACCUGCUCCCUGCUGUGGCCAUGUUAGCUUCCUCAUGGAAGAUGGUGAAUUUUGCUUACUGUCUCAUCCAAAGGGACUGCAAAGACUCUGGAGUUCAUGGAAAAAAUUUGGCUGCUGAAUUUAUAUGACACACAUUUUUUACUUGGGUGAAUAGCAGCUUUUGGUGGGGCUUGGCUGAUCAUAAGUCCUUUGGCUUUCAGAUAGUUUUCUAUAAUUUCUUAAUGCUCAGUCUGAUUAAAUAAUUUGUGUGAAACUUGCUCUUUCAGCCUACCAGCCUCACAUGCUGCACACUAUGUUCACACUAGUGUUCAGAUGGAGCUUCUGCUCACUGUGGAAUAGAGUGCUUCAGAAAAUUCCCAGGAAGCUACUUGACAAAUUUUCUUUCUUUCCCAGGGCAAACAAAGCUAAUGUGAUUAUUUUUUGUUUGGGUAGUGGGGAUGGGAGAAGAAGAUGCCAGAGUCAGUUUCAGCAGGGUAGAAAUUUUGUUGAGUGUACACAGACAAUACUGAUGCAUGCGAAGUGUGUCUGCAUCACUGCAGAUGAUGUUCCGAGUUCUCUUUCUGUCCUGGGCUUGUGAGUGGCACCUGUUCUCUUUUGGCGAACGUAUUUGGUAUGCUUACAGAAAGCUUGAUAUGAAAGGUAGUUUCGGAAACAACCGCUCCCUCUUUCUUACACCAAUAGAAAUGCUGCAUGCGUGUACAGUUAAACAUGCACUUGCAGCAAUAAAAGCCUUCAUGUUUGUGGGUGAUUAUCUGUGGGUCAUUCAUUCAUUCAUGAUGCUUGUGACAUUAAAUAUACUAUUUCUUGGUUCCUUUAAUUGUGACAGGCCUGAGGGUAUACUCAGGGACUUUGUAUGAGAACUGGUGCAAACAUAUACAAGCAUAUAUAUUGGCAUAUGGAUUUGAUUAUACAAGAGCUACACAACUUCAAGAUGGCUGAAAUCCCGUGCUCUCUUAUAAGUUAGUGCUAUUGGCCUGAGAUCAUGGAGGCAGAGCCCUUUUUUAAAAAAAUGUUCAUGUGAAACCUGUCCUGGCUAGAAGGCUCUGUGUUUCUUUCACAGCACAGAUAAUAUGGUUUAUCAUGUUGCCCUUGGAUAGAAGUGGGAAGUAGACUGCUGGAUUGAAGAUAGUCUUAAAGUUAACUUGUCAUGCUAUACAACAAUGUGGUGAGGGGUAGUGUGCUGUAAAGGAAACCGAGGUGGAAAAAAAUUAUAAACAUUGCAUUCUGAAGUAUGGAAUAUUAAAGGAGCUAAGAUGUAGGGAAAAUACAGAUGUCUUCAUUACUCUUGAUAUUGAUCCUUAAAAGUUGUAUAGCUCAGUAUUCUAGGUAGAAGAUUGGGGUUGGAUUCUGACUUAAAAGGACAAAGGGAAGAUUUUUGGGGGGGGUGUUGUUUGACAGUCAUAAAUAAGCAAGCUACAAAAUGUUAAAAGAUUUCUUAUUAUAAGUUAAUGUAUUUUUAUUUAUUAGUAUCUGUUUUUGGA